AUGGAUACUGAAGAUGGAAACACGUUCAUAAAAAACCUUGCCUAUUUUGUCCGCACUCACGAGAAAGCGCUAGCAAAUGCCCUACAGCUGAAGCGCACAGCCCCUAAGAAUGCCUCCGGAAGCGCUUCAGCAGCGGGUCCGACCUCUCCCACGACGAACUCCUCUUCCUCCUCGUCCACAUUCGCCGCUGCCUUGUCCUUGCCAUACCUGAACUUCUCCUCGCAUUCCGUCAAGGCUGCAAAGUUGACUCUGACUCCACAUCAUUUGUUCUAUCUCCUGUCGCGGUUCGAGGAGCUGGGUAUCCCAGUCGGUCCCAUGAACGUGCGACUCGAGAACAUACAUUCGGAUGCCUCGCCAACAAACUACGUGUCAUUCUUGAGCCAAGCCCAGAGGAAGAAAAGUGGCAUGUCCGAUCGGGAGUCCAUCCACUCGGUUAACAGCAUGCGAAGUGCCAUGUCCGGGAUGUCCUCUCUAUGGGCAAACUUUGGUCUCUCCUCUAACUCAGCCAAAACCGAAAAGCAGAAGGCCGCAGUCAAGGAAGACCUGAAGUACUUGUACUCGGCCUUCACAAAAAUCCCGUGUCUCCGCCUCGCACCCGACCACAAGGCUCGCCUGAUUGCUGGUUAUGAGGAGUUCCCCUUCGACACUGCCGUGCCGUUGUUUGUGUUCAAGAACCUUAGUGCACUCGAAAUCAUCGACGUCGACUUCCGACAGUUCUACGGGUGGGAUCGCCUGUCCGAGCAACUUCGGAGUUUGACGAUCAAACGCGGGGGCGUCGAGGAGCCUACUGACCUCUUGAUCAACGUUGUUCUCGAUGAUGCCGAUAGGCGACGGAGACGGUCUGCCAAAGCGUCGGCUUACCCGAUGUUUCCGCCCGGAUCAGGCAGCCCUGGCAGCAAGGACACCGACACUUCCAGGUCAGCAAUCUCUCCGCCUUCGCCGACCAUGUUUGAUAGGCGGUCGUCCAUCGGCAGCCCUCAUAGCAUCGCCAUGGCAAGGCAAGCCUCCUCCGGGUCGAAGGGCCAUCGCACCAGGCGCCGAAGCAUUUCCCCUAAUAGGCCAAAAAGCGCAAGGCACGGCUCCUCGUCAUAUGCUGCUCGAAAUAGCACUCCCAACCUUCGCCGCUCCUCUGGCAGCUCAAACUCAAGUGCUCGAUCAACCACCCCACGAGGCAGUUCCUCGAACCUCCUUGCUUUGGGCAUUCUUCCUCCAACCAAGUGGAGGUUCCUCAAGCAUCUGAGUCUUGCAGACAACGGAUUGACGGCAAUCUCUGCCAACAGUCUUGCACCGCUUGCCAGCACCCUUCAAUCGCUUGAUCUCUCUACAAACCUGUUCACCGAGAUUCCUGAUAGCCUGGCCACUUUGACCUCUCUCAGAGCGUUGAAUCUCUCUAACUGCAUGAUUGAGUCUCUGCACUCGCUCGUCAGGAAUCCGUUGCCGGCGAUUACCACUCUUAACCUCCGUGCAAACCGGCUUGUCUCGCUUGCUGGGGUCGAGCGACUGCUCUCCCUGGAGCGUCUGGAUCUCAGAGAGAACAAGCUGACCGAUCCCACGGAAGUCGCUCGGUUGACGGGCAUUCCUGAGAUGCAGGAAAUCUACGUCUACAAGAAUCCCUUCUGCAAGACCCAUUCUAACUACCGCAUCAUGGUCUUCAACCUUUUCCGGAGUUCCCCAGGAUACACAGAGGACAUCGUCAUCGACUCGACUGGACCGGGCUACAGUGAGCGAAAGCAGCUUGUGGACCGAGUACCAGAAAAUGCGAAUCCUCUGGUUAUGAAGCCACUGCCCGUCGAGGGCAUCCUCACGGAAGCCGGCGCCAAGCCGGUUCAACCAACAUACAAAGCAGGUGAUGACCGCAAGACGAGUGCAGAAGGACCGCCAAAGUCGAAGCCUGAACGGGUUGUUGGAUCGAUCAAGAAACGGAAGGGGCCCAAGCGACGGAUCGUGGAACUGUCGCAGAACGACUCUGCGCACCAGCGUAAUGAUUCUGCGAUGAUGUCACCGCCGGCAGCCCCGGUAGAGGCGCCUUCGGCGGACAGCACCUAUGGCGGGAGCCCCGAAGCAACUCCAGUCCGCAAGAUUCUCGCUCCUGCUGCGCCAAUUUCGGGCAAUCAACAGCUCCCGCACAUUGAUACUGCAAUCACUUCUACUCCGCUCGGAGCUGAGUUGGACUUCAGCUCGAUGGAGGCUGGCGCGAAUGGCGAUCUCUACAAGAAGAAGAUCGAGGCGCUGCGCAAUGACUUCGGCAACAGCUGGCUAAGCGCGCUGAGCGACGAAGCCUACCAACCAAACUCCGCAUUCCCGGACCGCGUGAGCCCUGCGCUGCGGCCCAGCGUCACAUCAUCGCGGACGCCAAGCCAGGGCAUCGCCUCUGGCGGCAGGACCUUGGGUUAA